CCCUUCCGAUUGGCCGAAGGGCGAGAACAGGAGGUUGCGAUUGGCUGCCAAAGGAGGGGAACGUAAGAGCUGCGAUUGGCCGAAGCGAAUCGUUCGGAAAAUCCGGCCGUGACUCUUUCGGGUGGGAGGAAAGAAGGUGGGAGGAAUGGCCGGAGAGCGAAGCGAGAGGCUGGCGAUGGCGGCAGCGGUGCUGGCGGUCCUGGGCUUGGCCGCCGCGCUGGACAACGGGCUGGCUCGGACGCCGCCCAUGGGCUGGCUGCACUGGGAGCGCUUCCUCUGCCAGACGGACUGCGAGCGGCAGCCCCGCGACUGCAUCAGCGAACAGCUCUUCAUGCAGAUGGCUGACCGGAUGGCAUCGGAGGGAUGGAAAGACGUCGGGUACCGUUUCCUGUGCAUCGAUGAUUGUUGGAUGGCUCCCACCCGCGACAAACAGGGACGGCUGCAGCCAGACCCCAAACGCUUCCCCAGCGGGAUUAAGAAACUCGCAGACUAUGUCCAUUCCAAAGGUCUGAAGCUGGGCAUUUAUGCAGACAUUGGGAACAGAACCUGUGCUGGCUUUCCCGGAAGCUACGGCCACUAUGAACAGGAUGCAGAGACCUUCGCCAGCUGGGAAGUGGAUCUGCUGAAAUUUGACGGAUGUGAUUUUGGGACUCUGGAUGAGAUGGCUGAAGGUUAUAAGAAAAUGUCUUCGGCUUUGAAUAAAACUGGCAGAAGUAUUGUAUAUUCCUGUGAAUGGCCGCUUUACCAGAGAACCUUUCAAAAGGUCAACUAUACAGAAGUUAAGCAAUACUGCAAUUACUGGAGGAAUUACGCGGACAUCUCUGACGCCUGGAGAAGCAUCAAGAAUAUCUUAGACUGGACAUCUUCUAACCAGGAUAUUCUGAUCGACAUAGCAGGGCCCGGUGGCUGGAAUGACCCAGACAUGCUGGUGAUUGGAAAUUUUGGGCUGAGCUGGGACCAGCAAGUAACACAGAUGGGCUUCUGGGCUAUUAUGGCGGCCCCGCUACUGAUGUCCAAUGACCUGCGUCAGAUCAGCCCCGAGGCCAAGACACUCCUCCAGAACAAGGAAGUGAUAGCGAUCAACCAGGAUCCGCUGGGCAAGCAGGGCUACCGAAUUACCAAGGACAAACACUUUGAGCUGUGGGAACGCCCGCUUUCCGAAGGAGCUUUUGCCGUAGCUGUACUAAACCGGAACGAGAUGGGGGGACCCCAGACGUAUGUCCUCGCUAUCAUGAUCAUUGGCAAUGGCUUAGCUUGUAAUCCCAGUUGUUCGAUCCAGCAAAUUCUGCCUACCAGCAGAGACCUGGGGCUACACAACUGGGUUUCGUUUUUGAAGCUGGUGGUGAACCCAACGGGCACUGUGCUGCUGAAGAUAGUAGUGAACACAGACACACCUUUAAUUGGCAAUGGAAGAAGCUACCCUAAAGACCUCUUAUAACAUGACGGCAUUCUCCCUUCGCAAAUUCUUUCAAGAGGAUCUAAUGCAACGCCUAAAGAACCUCCUGAAGAAAUCAAAGGAAAAUCACUGAAGAGUCUUUGCUUCAAGAGACUGAUUAUCAAGAAAUGCUGAUAUGGUCUUUUUGGGAUUCUGAGAUAUUUUUUUUAAGCCUCAAAAGGAUGACAUUAUCUUUUUUUCUGGAGGCACAGCUGGGAACAAAAUUAGCUCACUUGACCGUGUUUGUCAUGUGGUUUUAUACAAACACAAUUGUUGCGUUACAAUGGUAGCCUGUUUUCUUGUGCUGUAGGCUUUGCCAGGACUCAAAAAAGAUGACCGCAAUUGUAUACACUUGCAGUUGCUUCUCAACAAUCACUAGAUGAAAAUUAAGAGAGAUAUAAGGAUAUAAUAGCUGUACGGGUAAAUUGUGCAAUAACCAAAGAAAUUCUUAAAGAGGAUUUAGGUGCACUUUGCUAUUUCUAAAAUCCAACAGACAGAUUUAAAAAGUACUACAUAACUUGGAGCAACUUUGGGCUUUUGGCAAGUUGCAAAAGUUUCUAUAUUGGGACUGGAGGCUCUGCACCUACAUCGGAAUGGCACUACCUCGACUUUGACCUUGAGAAUUCAAGCCCUUAACAUCUGAAUCUGAAUUUUGCAGUUCAUUAAAAUGCUUUCCCCAAGA